UGCUUUGUUCUUCUUCUUCUUCUUCUUCUUCAAGCGAAAAUAAAAAUAAAAAAUUCCCGCUAACACAGAAGCUUCUUCCUCAAUCUUCUUCUUCUUCCUUCUCGUACUUCCCUGUUAAAUUUCCGCACUCUCAACUUCAUUUUCUUAAACCACAGUAAAAUGGAAAGCCAAAGCCAAAGGCAGAAGAAGUAAGAAUGGAAGCAAGUAACGAAAGACGAGUGCUACCUCGCAGAAAGCCUCUCUCCGAUCGCACCAACACUUCUUCUCCCUCCGCUGUUCCCCUCAAACCUCUCAAAACCAAAACCCCUUCUUCCGCACCCGCUAAAUGCACCGCCACCAAUCUCGAUAGUGCCCCAAACCCUACCUCUCCUUCUCCAUCGCUCAAAACCCCCUCUCCCUCUCUCCACGAGAUUGUUGAUGUUGAAGCUUCCGAGCCUAUCACAGUCGUGUACAGCCGAAGACGUUCUUCAAACAAAAGAAAGAAGGAUAAAGGGAAGGCUGUGGCUGUUCCUUUCACUACCACGCCCAAUUUCAAGAUCUCUCAUACUUGCGAUACAGAGGAUGAGUUUGAAGGUGUGAACCUACCCAAGGCCAAGGCAAUGACAGUUCCUCGUACAAAGAAACAGCGUGCUUUGUCAUCUGAAAAAGAUGAGUUCAAGGAUCACCAGCUGCAAGAAUUUAUACAAAAACAGAAAGCUUACUUUAAAGAGAUUGAUGAAUUUGAACUGGAGGUUGAAUCUGGUGAUGAGUUGGAUUAGGUGGAAGAGAUGUAAUAUAACUGUAAAUAGCAGCUUGAAAUUUCUGUUUUUGUAGGCUGUAUAGUUGAGAUAUCGUAAUUUUCAUGAGAUGAAGUAACUAGCUCGCAGCCAUCUCUGACUAUAUAUUGUAAUAUUCUAGUGGGAACAAUCGAAGUUAAAAUUGUUGUGCCUAACACUGUAACACAUUAAUUGUCCUUAGAAUUUUUUCUCUUAUUUCUCUUGUAAA